AUGACAUCGAUCUCGACGGAAGAUUUCAUUUGGGAACUCGAGCGCUUUCUUGAAACCCGCUUCUACACGUUGGAAGGCUCUCUGACUCAUCCCAUAUCCGACAGCGAGGAUGCCUUCGCUGAUAUUAGGAAGUCAAUACGCCAUUGCAGCUUCAAUAAGGAACCGUGUAGAGAGCAAGAUUUCGUCGUUGUGGAUACGGAAGCGUUUGGGAAGUGCCUCGCCUUCAACUACAAAGGAGACAAAGAAGUUAAUCGUUCCAACUCUAGAGGGACAGGAGAAUUCCAGGAUUGGUACUUCAAAGACCAAGGAUUCUUCAAAGGGAUGAAACCUUCGGAAGGGCUUCAACUCCUCCUAACAUCAUACGCCUCGAACGACGUGACACUUCUCUCACCAACGGAAGGAUUCAGGCUGUCGAUCCAUUCUCCCGGAACGGAGCCCUCUCCCCUUGAGGAGGGAUUUGACAUAAACAUGCAAACAAUUUCCUACGUCGGCAUGAGGAAGGUGGAGUUUGAACGAAUUCAUACAGACGUUAGAGGAAAUUGCGCCUUUGAUUCUUAUUUAGUGCAGCGAUUCGAUCCCACGAUCUUCAAGAUCACAGAGAAAACAAAAUAUUCAAAGCAGCUGUGUCUCCGACUGUGCUUCUUUCAAAAGACUCCUGAAGCUGAAAGCUGCCUGGAUCAUUAUAUUCUGCGAAGUAGCAAGAACAAGUCGAAGAAUUGCAACGAUACAAGUUUGAAAGAAGUUUGGAAAAAAAGUUACGAGAAGGUCUUCAGGGAAGAUGGGUUCUGCGGUUGUCCCCCUCAAGCUUGCACUGAGGAGAAACUCCAGUGGUCAUUUUCGUCAGUGCAGAUGGGUCGUGAAAACGCCUUGCGUCUGGAUCUCCUCGCUUGGAUGAGGAAUGAGAAGAGGGAGAACAUGAGCGCAAGUGAACUGAAAAACAAGACCUUCUGUCGUCAUUUCAAAGAAAAUCUUGCUGGAGUCAACGUUUAUUACGAGAACAUGGCAGUGGAGAAAACCGUCGAGAAGCAAAUGUAUCCAUGGACGAGCUUCAUUGGAACUUUGGGAGGGAUGCUGGGUCUCUACACCGGGCUCUCCUUCGUUUCCCUUUUGGAAGUCCUGGAGUGGAUCUUGGACCUCUUCUUAUACGGUUGGAGGAAGCCUCUGGAGGAUAACACGGGGCCGAAGCCACGAGUCAUUCUCACCUGGAUGGACAGCCUGGAAGAGGCAGCAGAGCCCAGGAAUACGUUUCUUCAGGAUUCAGGUCUUACUUGGAGAGAUCGUCCAGUCUACGUUCGCCCAUCAGCGAAGGAGUCUCGGAGAGCUGGAUUCAAUGUCGCCUUCUCUGAUCGCUUCUCGUAG